CACACACCUUCCUGCUUUCUUUCCGGCUUCUUCUGCGCGUGCGCGUUGCUGCGACGCUCCUCUAGUCCUUUCCCUGUGCGGCGGAAGUAUUUUCUAUUCAAACUAUGGCUGAUGAAGUGGACUUCACCACUGGAGAUGCUGGUGCUUCUGCCACCUACCCAAUGCAGUGUUCUGCACUUCGCAAGAAUGGCUUUGUGGUACUGAAGGGACGUCCCUGCAAGAUUGUGGAAAUGUCAACUUCCAAAACUGGCAAACAUGGUCAUGCCAAGGUCCAUCUAGUUGGCAUUGAUGUGUUCACUGGCAAAAAAUAUGAAGAUAUCUGUCCUUCUACUCACAACAUGGAUGUUCCAAAUAUCAAGAGGAAUGACUAUCAACUGAUCUGUAUACAGGAUGGCUACCUCUCUUUGCUGACAGAAAGUGGUGAAGUUCGCGAGGAUCUGAAGGUGCCAGAAGGUGAUCUAGGCAAAGAAAUAGAGGGAAAAUACAACGCAGGUGAAGAUUUCCAGGUGUCAGUCAUGUGUGCAAUGAGUGAAGAAUGCGCUGUAGCCAUAAAACCUUGCAAAUAAGACCAUCUGGAUUUUAGCAGUUGCUCAGGUCCCAGCAAUUGCAGAUCUUGUAUUUUAGUUCUGAUUAUCACCAAAGCUAUAACCUUCACUAGCAACCUCGUGUCUUUGUUUGAAAAUAGUGCUGACUAAUGUUGCAAGCCAUUUGGCAAUAUUGAAAUUGCUGAAGUUCAAGUGCUUACAGGAAUGGCAAGGCAGUCAAAACUGUCAUUUUAGAUCAUGAGGUAUUAAAAACUAGUAUGCUUUGCUCAAAUGAGACUGUAUAGCAGUGCCAAUACCAAGGUUUGUGUUUAAGCAACAAAUAGCAUUCAAGUACAAAAUUUUAAAUAAAUGAAAAUAACAAAUUUUAUCUUAAACAUGGAAAAAAUGUGGCUUGCACUGAACAGUGAAUAGUUAUUGAGCUUAGAGACAAGGGAACUCAUGUGAUCAAAAUGCCAGUGCUGAUAGCCAUGUACAACAAACUGUAUCUCUGUAGUCUUGCUGGCUCACUCUUAACAUGUCACCAUUUGCCUGUGAUGCAAACAUCCAGAAUAUUGGAUGCUUUCAUACUAUGGUUAAUAGUGCACAAAAGCGCGGGGUGUGUGUGUGGGGAGAUUCACUAGAGGCCUUUGAUUUCAACAUGGGAGUUCAGCCACUCUUAUAAUUUAAAAGAAGGGAAUGCCUCAAGUGUUUCAGUAUUAGGCAUACAUGUUUUGGAUUUUAACUCCUUAGUUUUGUAGCACAAGUAGACUUUUUGACUUCUUUUUAGGAAUUGGAGCAGAAGUACACAUACUGGCGGCUUGUAUGGAGGCUACAUUUGAACCUUGAUUCACCCAACAGAAUUUAGAUCAUGGGUUGUCUAAUCUUGUAAAGAACUAUGACAAAGUACUCUAUCAGACAUGGGGACAUCAGGGCUAUGUUAUAGGUCACUGAUCUAAAAUCUACUUGUGCAGGACUUGGUAACACUGAACAGGCAAAUGCCUAAUCACUAAUACGCAUAUUGUCUACUUGAUCUUCCACUUGGAAGAUCAUGCUUCUGCUUAGUUAGCAUUUGGGGAAACCUAAUUACUUAAAUUUGCCUUAAAUGUUGGUAGCAACUGACAACUUGAACUAGUGACUGGGUUCUUAAACAUGCGUAGUUCAUUAUUGGCAGCUUUUGGGGGGGUGAAAACAGGAUUUUGAGUUUCAGUUAGGAAUAUGGUUGCCGAUAAUCAGUGAAGUUAGACUAGAGGUGUAAAUAAAGUGCAUCAGGGUCUUGCAAGUAUCUAUGCAGAGAAGGGGCACAAUACAGAUUGGUUUGGCAAUAAACACUUUUGAACAAAGCACAGUCUUGAUAUAAUGGUAUGUAACUACAUGUUUUGAGAUCUAGCUCCUAGAAAGCUGAAGGAUUUUAGCACAUUGUUAGAGUCUAAUCAUGUGAGUGUUCCUAGAUAGUUGGUUCUUAAUAUUCACGGUAGGAAUGGGAAGUUCCAAUUUCAAACAUUGACUCCAUUAGCUAUUAUCAUUAGUCAUGAUCAAAUGUCAUGCAGCUAUCUACCGUGCCUGAGCAGCUGAGAGAAGUACUGGUAUAUUAUCUGAAGAGUCCUAACAUCUUACUGCUUGCAUCAUCUUAAGGAUGCAUGCAAUGGAAAUGACUUGAGGCAGCUGGCUUAGGGAAAUACUUUACUUAAAAUGCCCCUCUACCCUUUGGGAAAGGCAAUGUCUUAAUUUCAACUUGGCAUUUGGUGAUCUAGAACCUCAGGAUAUCUAGGUUAGAUGGGGAAGAAAUGGCAUCUGCUAGGUAGGUCAUAAGUAUGGUACAGUUUGGCAUACAGCUGUGCAAUCUCAUUACUUCAAACUACGGUAUUUACAAUAAGACAAUAGCAAAGCCAUUUCACUUGUGGAGAGCAAUCUUGUCUACAAACCCACCAGGUUUACAAUAAACUAACUUUGCUAAUAAAAGCUUAAUGCUGUAUUUUUCAGGUUCUUUAAGCUAUUUCAGGGUAAUCACGUUUCUCUAAAUCCACUUUUAAAUAGUUUUUACUUUGUGGUGGGAACAAAUUGCAUUUAGUUCUUAAGGGCAGGCUCAAGUUCUUCUAACAAGCUACAAGCCAAAAUGAAGGCUGAACAACUCAAUCCUGCUGUUACUUUUUAAGGGUGCAAGCUUUCUUGUUUUGGGUCCAUGAUGUUCUUGUUUGGUGUGCUGUAGGUUCUCUUGCCUCAAAUGUUAGGGAAUUCUUUUUUAAACAACCCAAAUUUACCUCUUGGAUGUUUUGUCUUGUGUCUUUGUGUUCAACAAAACCACUGCUAGUUGAGCCAUGACUUGAAUAUACUCUUCUCAGGGCUGCUCUUGUGAAGAAUUGAAAGAGCUUAAGUUGAUUAUUUUAACAAAGCUGCUUGAAAGUCUUACAGGGUUUUGUAUUCCAUAAAUUUAUAGCAUGCCUAUGAUGCAAGUAGAGUUUUAGUAUAUCGAACCUUAAUCUAAAGGAGUCAAAAUAUUGUGACCAAGCUAUUCUAGUGACUAGAUGGCAUGUCUAAUUGCAGUAAAGCUUUACGUGUUGGAAUGUUGGCUGUGUCUAGAAACAUUAAUAGAACAAGCUGUGCUUAAAUAUUUCUUUCUAUAUAAAGUACAAAAUUCUCAUUCAUUAUAUUUUAAUCAAUAUUUUCCGCAGUGCAACUCAGACACUGAUCUCUGUGGCUGACAGGAGUAUCUAGGCCUUGUAGAACUCUGAACUCGCAUAAUCAGUGACUGUUACAUUAAAAACGGACAUAUUAUUGUAAACAAAUGUGCAGAGAAAGGGUUUUUAUAUUUGCCACAAAUGGAUGUUCAGACAAGUAUGCAAUAUACAUACUGGCUAGUGAAUGGAUGCAGUGUUCAUUGUACAAGAGUGACCUUGACUUUAAAAGCAAAACUUGAAAGGUUUGUACUUUUUCUGCAUUUCUGUAAUAGUGAAGUAUUCAUGUGUUAAGAGUUCUUUGGCUUUUAACAACUGUUUUAUUGAAAUGUUUGAAUUAUGAUUUGGGUCACAGUAACGAGAAUAAAGUUUAAACUUAAA